GCGAGUACUCACACGAGCAUAGAGCGGCUUUCAUCCGUGUGCAAGAUGUCGACCGCCGAGCUGAAUCCGAGACCUCUGCGGGUUUCUCCUUUUAUCAAGUUCUGCCGUUGGAGUCUUCUCUUGACUGGAAUCGCAUAUGGUGCAUUCUUCCAGAGCAGAUAUAGUAAAAAAGAAAUUGCUCGCAGAGAAGAAGAGCUGAGACUUAAACCUAUACGUGAUGCCAAGUUAGCUGAAGAAAGGAGGCUGAGAUUGAUAGAGGAACAAAAAAUAAUUCAGGAUUUAUUGUAUCCUGCCAAACCCGCUGCUUAAAUUUACUUAAAUUUGUUUGAUAUUAGUAUGUAUGUUAACAAUUGUAAUUGUUACAAAAUGUUAAUGUAUAUGUAUCUGUGAGAUAGACAACAUAUUAUCUCAACAUUAAAAUCAGUCGAUGAAUCGUAUAUUGUACAAAAAUGUCUAAUAAAAAUCUGUGAAAUUUA